GGCCCGGGCCGCUGCCGCCUGUGCUGCUCGGGGCGCUGGGGAUGCUGGCGGUGCCGGGCGGGGACCAGCAGCAGCAGGAGGAGGAGGAGGAGGAGGAAGCGGCGCUCGGAAGCGGUGCCCGCUAUGCAAAGGCCGGGGCAGGGCCGGCUCCCCUCGCUCCCUCCCAGCCCGGGGGAGGCGGGCGGUGCCGGGGGCAGGACUACAGCUCCCAGGCUGCCCCGCCGGAGCCGGAGCCGGGAGCCGGGAUCGGGCCGGGAGCGGAGCGGCCCCGCACGGCCAUGGCCAUGGCCUGGAGAGCGGCCCCGCGGGCGGCGCGGCUGCUGCUGGGGCGCCGGGGGAUCGCCUCCUGCAUCGACCCAUCCACUGGACUGACUGAGGACCAGAAGGAAUUCCAAAAAGUUGCCCUUGAUUUUGCUGCCAAGGAGAUGGCUCCUUACAUGGCUGAGUGGGAUGAGAAGGAAAUAUUCCCUGUGGAAACGAUGAGGAAGGCAGCCCAGCUAGGGUUUGGUGGCAUCUAUGUGAAACCAGACGUUGGUGGCUCUGGAUUGUCACGACUUGACACCUCCAUAAUCUUUGAAGCUCUGUCAACAGGAUGUACCAGCACCACAGCUUACAUGAGCAUCCACAACAUGUGUGUUUGGAUGAUCGACACCUUUGGCAACGAGGAGCAGCGGCGCAGGUUCUGCCCCUCCCUCUGCAGCAUGGAAAAGUUUGCCUCUUACUGCCUGACUGAGCCAGGGAGUGGCAGUGAUGCAGCUUCCCUGCUGACCUCAGCUCAGAGGAAAGGGGACAACUACGUCCUGAAUGGCUCCAAGGCCUUCAUCAGCGGGGGAGGUGACACCGACGUGUACGUGGUCAUGUGUCGCACCGGGGGCCCAGGCCCCAAGGGCAUCUCCUGCCUCGUGCUGGAGAAGGGAAUGCCAGGGCUCAGCUUUGGCAAGAAGGAGAAGAAGGUAGGCUGGAAUUCCCAGCCAACUCGGGCUGUGAUCUUUGAGGACUGCGUUGUUCCUGUUGGGAACCGGCUGGGAGCUGAAGGGCAGGGAUUCAGCAUCGCCAUGCAGGGGCUCAACGGAGGCAGGAUAAACAUUGCUUCGUGCUCGUUAGGAGCCGCUCAUGCCUCAGUUCUCCUGGCUCAGGAGCACCUCAGUGUCCGCAAACAGUUUGGGGAACCCCUCGCCAACAACCAGUACCUGCAGUUCCGGCUGGCAGAGAUGGCCACGCGGCUGGUGGCAGCGCGGCUCAUGGUGCGCAACGCGGCGCAGGCACUGCAGGACGGCCGGGAGGACGCGCCCGUGCUCUGCUCCAUGGCCAAGCUCUUUGCCACCGACGAGUGCUUUGGGAUCUGUAACCAGGCUCUGCAGAUGCACGGCGGUUACGGCUACCUGAAGGAUUACGCGGUGCAGCAGUUCGUGCGGGACAUCAGAGUCCACCAGAUCCUGGAAGGUACCAACGAGGUCAUGAGGAUGAUUGUGGCCAGGAAUCUGCUACAGGGCUGAAGCCAGGAGCCUUAAAAAUCCCUCCAUCUGUUACAGCUGGGCCUGUUUCCCUGCCCUGCUGGCCAGCUUUCUCCCUGGGACUGGAGAGGGGGAUCCCCAGUGGAAUCAGCCUUCCUGCCUUAUGCACAGCUGGGUGGCACAGCUGCACACCGUGCCUGGCAGAGCUGCUGUCACCAGGCUGGCAUUGUGCAGCCACAAAUCACAGCUGUGAAUGCAAACUCUGUCUCCAAAUCCCUCUCCUGGCCUGCUUGCCUUGGAAAAAGAAACACCAGAGCUGCUGCUCACCUCUGUUAAAUCAGGACUGAAAUGGGAACCUCUGGCAGAGGUGUGGCCUGAGCCCAUGGGAUCACUGAAAUCUUUAUGUUGAAGGAAUUAACUUCUCACAGCACCCCUAGGAACAGAUGUUCACCAGAGUGUUUUUAUCCCAGGAUGCCUCUCCUUUAGCUAGAACCACUCCCUCUUUUCCCAGCAAACUUUUCCUGAUGUCCCAGCCACUGCUUGUUUUCUGUAUUCCCACCACAUCUUGGUGCUUGAUCUCAAAGAAGCCUUUGCAGCACAAAAGUGCAAAUGAAAAACUAAGGUUAUGUACAGAAAUAACUGAACUCUGUGGCCUCUAAUCAGUGAAAUCACGGAUGUGAAAAAUGUAAGGGGAGUAGAAAUAUUCGUAAAUUAAACUAUUUUUUUCUCUUGGGUUUGGAAUCAAUAAAGAAAUGAUGGAAAUGUUA